CGCACAUUGUCAUCUCUCUCUCAUCAAUAUUCCCUGAUACUUGCAGUGCAAUAUGGAACGCAGAGACACUUCUUACAACGAAUACCUUGAGAGUAACACAAUCACCUUGGAGUGGACGCUCAGGGGUCUAAAGCAGCUAUUCGACUCGAGCAAAGGCGAGGCAAAGUCUAAAGUCACCCGAAGUGUCAAAUUCGGUGGAGGACGCUGGCAGAUUCUAUUCUAUCCAAAUUCGGGAGUGACAAGUGAUGGGGGAGGUUAUGUGAGUCUGUACUUGUCCUGUGAACCUACGGCUGAGGAGAAGGCAGGUGCAAUAAACGGAAAAUGGGUGCGCGAAGGUCUGUACAAAUUCAGCUUUGAGCUGAGAAAUGUAAACAAAGGCACAUUAUUCAACACUAAAGAAGCUGUAGAUCACGCGUUUUCUCAUCAAACAGCAAACUGGGGCUGGGCUCAGUUCGCCAAGCGUGAAGUUGUUUACUAUUCCGCGAGUGCCGUCCGUUUACAGGAUGCUUUCCUCAUCAUUUGUACCAUUACGUCUUCACCGACCCCUCCUAUUCCGCCAUCCGCUAUUCCACGCCAGCUGGUCCCCCGGGACCUACUCAACGCAGUCGGUGCAAUCCUGGACGAUCCGGCGUACAGUGAUGUUGAGUUUGUCCUGCCAGCACGGGCAAAUGGCGGGCGAGCCCGUCAUAUCUGGGCUAAUCGCAAACUCCUCUCCCGAGCUGAAUACUUUUCAACUAUGUUCAGUUCCGGAUUUGCAGAGGGAAUUUCGGUCGGGAACGAUCACAGCUUAUCCAUUGGUCGAAGUGAAUCACCCGGGCAUUCACAGGUGGACGAUGACGAUAGCAGAGACAUGACCAGUGCAUUCGUUACCGGAUAUCCAGAUGAUUCCGAUGAGGAUGAUGAUGACAUUGAUGACAUGGUGUCAGAAGCUGAUUUCGAUGAAUCCGAGUCUGGAGCUGAAACAAUCGGAGUGCCAGCAGAGUUACCAGAUAUCGGGCGUGAUGAAGGCAUAGACCUACCGGGAACGACAUCUCUGGUGGAGUCAUCCCGCAGCUCCAAAAAGCGAAAGAUCGCCCAUUCAAGCCAUCAGCCUCCUGGACCUCCGAAAACCAAAGUCAUCGUGCAUGAUGUGGCAUAUGCAACUUACAAGGCAUUUCUUUAUUAUCUCUAUACGGACUCAAUUGUGUUUGCGCCCCUCUCUUCGAACUUCCUCAUCUCUAGCGCACGUCAGGAGGAAGCCCCCUCCCUUCGGAUGUCCGCCUCGGCGGCUUCCCUCGGCCUGCUGGCCAAACCUGGUGAGGCAUCGAACAUGAAAUCGCAAAGCGUGCCGAUGCCGUCGUCUCAAUCCGAAGGGUCCAAGACAAGGAAAGCUUGGGUUGCCGAAUGGCAGGCUUCCAAUCCCGAUAGACCUGGUCCUUGCUCCGCGAAGGCUAUAUAUAGGCUCGCUGAUAAGCUUGACCUGCAUGAUUUGAAGGCGCGCGCAUUUCAACACAUCACCAAGAGCUUGACGACUACCAACGUCCCAUACGAAAUCUUCUCUUCAUUCUCUGCUCAUUUUGACGAAGUCAGGAAGGUAGAGGUGGACUUCUUCUUGUCUCACUGGGAAGAGAUUAAAGGCAGUGAUGCGAUGCGCCAUAUCUUCCACCAAAUUCGGAAUGGCAGACACCCCGGGUUUGAAGACGUGUGGCCGUACAUCGUCACAAAUCUAGUUUACAAGCCUGGGCAUAUUGAUACGGCGAGUGGCGACGCAGCAGAAGGCUGACAGGUUCCUAGAGCAGCCGCGGUUUCUACAGAGGCAGAGCAUCCACUUGCAGUUCACAUCAGUCUCCUUUAUUUAUGGCAUGUAAGCUAGGCGUUCAUCAUGCCUAUGAAGUGUCUUCGUCAUUUUUGCAUAACAUAGUUUUCACAUCCCGACCUGUGAAAUCGGUAGAAUGGUGCUGCAGCCACGCAACUCUCGCCGUUGGCCAUCCAUCACAGAAAGCCUUGAGAAAGGGAUCCGCAAGCCACGCGGAAACACACUUCCCGAAAUUACCUUUUGCAGUUGUUCUAUUAUUCACAGAGUGCCUCAGCCAUGCCACCGCCAGAAUAGCAUCUUCACUCCGACACGGCUCUUCAGAACUGAGCAACCCCUUUCGUAUCUCUCUCGCUUCCCAAUUCAAUGUUAUUGCAGAUGGGUAAUCCAUCAGAUCACGCCCCGGCAUCAGGAACACCUCAGGAUGCUGUGCCUCGAUAACGACUGCCGUCGCACCAGCAGUAGACGUUGCCGACAGUAGCAGUUCAGGAGAGGAAGGUGCUGCGCCUAGCACCCGAACCAUUGAUACAGUUCGAGUUCUCUUUUCGUCUUCCAUUGUCACAUUAAACUUUGUCAGAGGGUGUUGGGUGAGAACGUGAGCAUAGAAAUUUGCGAUUGAAGAAGAGGAACGAAGGAGCGGGCACAGGGGACAUCUCCACCCAAAUGACCCGGUGAUAGUGUACGCUCUCGGACUGGGUAAGGAAGGCGAUGUCAAGGAAGAUUCCAUAGACUGAUAUGCCCAAACAGUGCGAACAUCCGCGGGACGAUGCUGCAGACGUUGGGGUGUAAUCUUGACGAUUGGGGCAGAAAGGAUUUCCGGAUGGUACAACUGAAUGGCUGCCGUAGCCGAACUUGGCGGCUGGAAAGCCGCUCUUGUGCGGUCCUUACGCAAAAAGACAAUAGACACUGUGCACAUCCGGAUAUCGCUAUCGCCAUCCGGGGUAAAUAUGUCCCAGUGAGUCGCCAAGACGUGCGCUCCCCCAAGUCCAUUACUGCAAGCCCGAUCUGCUCUGUCCUGGAAGCGGUCCAGCUCGAGAAUAGCAAUCAAAGGUUCUCCUUCGGUCCAUUGAGCCGCUAUCGUUUCAAGCUCGUGCUUUUCUAGAAUGCGAUCACAGGCUGGAGGUGACAUGGUUUCCGCACGGGAAAGGCGGAUGCGAAAGCUCGUCAACAAGUACCGACGCGGCCCUUGUUUGAGCAUCAGGCACAUACGGCAAGUAACGGGUAUGUCACGGUUCAAAGGAGGGUCCCUGGAGAAUAUGUCUAACACUGCUGCAUGCAGCCGAAUGGAUUCCACUCGUAUAGCAAGCCUCUGCAAUGCACCGUAGGUUAAAAUGUUACGGGAAGCUCGUUUCUUCAUGUCAAUCAAUUCCUCCAUGAUUCUGUGCACAGUACGGCGACGGCUUCUUGUAUGGACAUGGCCAGAAGAAAGCGUCCUCUGUAAGAAAGGCAGUUUCGCUCGCACAAAGAGCACUUCUGCAACGUCGUAAGAACGGAGUAUGCGGCGGACAUCCGAUGUUUGGGUUUGAGAAUCCCCCGGCUCCUCGCCGAGUCCAUCGAUCUCGAGCGCAGGUGCCACAACACAAUGUGUAGUACCCGAAUAUGCGGUCUUACGAAGACCUUGGAAGAGCUGUCGCGAGGGUGCUGUGCGCAUCACCUCAUCAGCGGCGCUGGGAAAAUUCGCGGCUCGCUCAACACCGGUGAGGGAGUCAGUCUUUCUAUACGAUGGGCUAGUGCCGGGGGAUAAGGCUGAGCCCGCUUCAGGUUCGCGUGUUCCAGCGAUGCCGUCAAUUACAGGCAAAUGCAAUACAUCUGCGGAUGGCCUGACGGUCAUGCGUGCCGCAACUGGACGGAUGCUUGCAUGAGCAGGGAUGUUGAGACGCUGGGGACCCGGUCGAAUACGCUUCCUGAACAACCCAGAAUAUAUCUCGCUUGUUCCGUUCUCCAAAGUGUUGUAGAAAGAAGUAUGACGCGACGAACUUUGCUGAGAGGUCGCUGAUGCCUUCAUUACGAUGGGCGUUUCAUCGACGCGAGCCACUGUAGACGACGACGUGAUAUCCUCAAGGAGAGCAUCUAUCCACCGAUGAUCCCCCGUUGACAGUGAUAACGAGUGGUCCAUCGUAACAGGAGCAAGUCCCUGAGAGUUAGGAGCGAGAGUCAGGUAACCGUAAUGGGCCAGGCUUGCCCAACGUGAGAUCGAUUCCGGGCGUGGUGCUGAGCAGGAGCAACGAUAUCACUACUCAAAGAAUAUUCUCGCCCACCAUUUGAGUAGCUUAUAGUGAAGAGAUUCAAAA